AUGAGCGAGCAACAAUAUGCACGGAAAGCUCUCGAGGAGGUGGUAAGGCUAGCAGAUGAGAAGAUUUUCGCCACCGAAGAAAUUGUACUAAAAAAAGACGAAGAUUUCUCUGAAUUCGCGCGAUCAUGCGAAGAAACCGUCAAGGAAUUAGACCAAUACUUUAUUUCAAUUAUGCGUCAGCUGGAAAAGUGGAAGCACGUAUUUAUUCAAGUACGUUUUCGCUUCGAUUUUAACCUGAGUUGUCAGGAAUUGCAGGCUAGCACCUCUGCUGCCGGUUCAGAGUUCCAUAAGCGGACGGCUCAAAUAAAUGAGCUAGUAGGUAGGCUUCGUGAAUUGCGUGACGCGUCCGCCCAUAUCCUGGGAACAGGACAAUUUAACAACUCCGACCUCGUUUUUGAGGUACACGGAUGUAUUUUCAACAUCAAUCAGGCAUUGGAGAAUGUAACUGAGUUUUUGGCCGAAUGUGUACCACUGAAGUUUGUCGGGAAGCUAAACUUUGAGUCAGUUCAAAAGUCAGACGUUGGCACAAUGGAAAGGUUGGCAGACAUUAACUACGCUGAGAUACUUCCAAGCAAACUACCAAAAAUAAAGUUAGGCCAGCUAUUUCACUUGGACUUUCGGAUUUCCAAAAGGUACUGCGAGGCUGCCAAACGAUUCAUCACUUAUUCAGUAACCAAAGACGACGCUCAAUAUCAAAAGGUCUGCGCAUAUUUACAUGACAAUAAGAAUGGUUCGUAUGCUCUCAGUUUCCCAAUCACAGCCAUUAUACCCCAUACCGUGCAUAUUUGUUAUCUGGGCGAACACAUUCGCAACAGCCCUUACACAAUCGUCUUCAAGGUGGGACAAAACCAGGGCCCAAAUACAGUCGGGGUUGGUGGACAGACCUCUGUCACUGGAUAUGUUGGUUCAUCAAAGGAGAUAAUGGGGGACGGGGCAAAUAAUUCGAUCAGAUUAACAGGCAAGGCAGACGAGGAAAAUCGACGAAACAAGUGGAGUGGCAGCUCAACAGACAGUUCCCAGCAAAACAAUAACUGGCAUCCAGUGAUGGGCAUUAAUAACUCGCCAGAACCAAACCACAAUUCAGACUCCACGAUGUAA